AUGGCAGGGCUGCUCUCCAGACUGCACUGCCCCUUAAAGCAGGCUCAAAUGCUGCUGCUGUGCCUGGGCAUUGCCUACUUGAUGGCAGGAAGCAUCCUGCUCAUGCAACGAUCCAACAUCCGAGUCGCCCAGCCAAGCUUCCUUGUGCUUCCUCCCUUGAUGUCACUCGCAGCACCUCCGACCACCCUUGGGACCGCUGGCUUGGGUGUGAGGCUGCGUUCCAGAUGGGCCGCAGUACAGUCUGCAUCUGGUGCCAAGGCAGGGCAACACUGGCCCACCUCCCAAAACCUGGGAGUUCAACACCAGCAUCGUCACUGGUUUCACAGUGCAUUAGCAGAGAGUCCAGACAAUGCAAGUCCUGUCCAAAAGAAGAUCAGCCAUAAAGGGACUUAUAUGGGUUGCUUCCUGCACAAUGCCAGCGAGCGAGCCCUCGGGGGAGUUAUGCUUUAUGACCUGCGGAAAAUGACCAGCGCUCUGUGUCAAGACACCUGCUCAGAAAGUGGGUUCCAGUUUGCAGGGUUGGAGUAUGGUGCUGAAUGUCACUGCGGGAACAGGAUCAGUAGCCUGCAGGUUGCCGAGGAGGAUUGUAGUCUGCCUUGCCGAGGCGAGAGGGCAUCUCCUUGUGGUGGCGUGGGACGUCUCUCCAUUUACAAGGUGCAAGAGCAGAUGCCCGGUCACCGCAAAUUCAAGGAUGCUUACCAGCGAGGCUGCUUCAAAUUGGACAACGACACUAUCAACACCUUCCCCUUUCACUCAUUUAAAAUCAAUCUAACAGCACAGUCCUGCAUCGAGAUUUGUACUGACAAGGAGCUACCGCUUGCAGUCUUCAGGAAGCCACAUUGUUUCUGCACUUGGGCAUCCUCUCUCUUCAGUCUUGACCAGCAGUCUGCUAGACAUCAGUGCAUGGAAAACACUGGCCAAAACCGCAUUAGCAACUCUACAUCAUUAGUGGCUGAACAGGACUACUAUCAGGUCUAUCACACACCUGUUCUUGACUCCAGAUGCAAGGAGAGGAUGUUUCUACCGCAGAGAUCCAGCUCUCUCGUGGCUCUCUCCAGUUUUCCUGGUGCUGGCAACACUUGGGUCCGACACUUGAUCGAACUCAUGACGGGUUAUUACACAGGCAGCUUCUAUUUUGAUGGCACCUUGUACAGCAAAGGUUUCAAAGGGGAGAAGGACUUCUGGAGGAGUGGUCGUAACAUUUGUGUAAAGACUCAUGAGAGCGGAAAGAAAGAAAUCGAGAUGUUUGACUCUGCCAUUCUCCUGAUUCGGAACCCAUAUCGGUCCCUUAUGGCUGAAUUCAACCGAAAGUGUGCUGGGCAUUUAGGACAUGCAUCAGAAGCUCAAUGGAAGAGCAAAGAAUGGCCAGAAUUCGUCUCCAGCUAUGCCCCCUGGUGGGCGUCCCAUGCAUUAAGUUGGUUGAAAUUUGGAAAUCACCUACAUGUAAUCCAUUAUGAGGAGCUACAGAGAGCUCUUCUCCCUCAACUCCGGCUCAUCACAGCCUUCCUUAAUAUCACCGUGACUGAGGAGCGGCUGAUCUGUGCUCAGAGCAACCAAGAUGGUUACUUCAAAAGGCCAGGGCCCCAGCAGCCGUCCUUUGAUCCAUUUACCCCUCACAUGAGGCAAAUGAUAGACACCUUCAUUCAUACUGUCGACAUGGCACUACAGAGCAGGAACUUCAGUGGCCUUCCAAAAGAAUACCUACCAAGAUGA